AACAAAGGGUUCUUUUGUAAUUAAGUAUCUUAUCAUGUCACACCCAAAGCUCAAAACUUUUGAGACCCCUAUAUAAGAAACACCCACAUCCCUUCAUUCUAUACAUAACAUUCUAUCCCUUCUUUCAUAUUUCAUCACUCAUUUUCUAUUUAAUAAAAGGUGUGUGUUUGGAGCAAAGAAUCAUACCAAUGAAACGAUGGAGCAAAUUCAGAAGAAAAGAAUAACAAGAAAGGGUGUCACACAAUUACCUUUGGUGUUAUCGGUUUCCUUGUUUUCAUGCUUGUUUGCCUACUACUACUAUUACGAUUACUAUUGUUCUGUCUUGACAAGUUAUGUUGAUCUGGUGUAUCCUAUUGAGUUACUUUUGACACAGCGUGUGGACAAGACGUACGUGUUUCUUAUAUGCAACGGGAUAUUAGUGGUGUUAGUCAAAACGUCCGGUUCCUUAAUCUCUCAAUCAAGCUUUGACCUUAAGGAACACAUCUACAUCAAGAACAUCCAUGACGCGUUAGAAACACAAUAUGAGGACAAUCUGGUGGAGGAUGAAGAAUUGGUGAUUAAGGUGGAUGGAAUUGAAGAAGAUGUAAAAUUUGUAAUAGAGAAUGAUGGAGAGACCAUAGAAGAAUUAAACAAGAAAUUUGAUGAGUUUAUAAGGAAGAGGAAGGAAGAAAUUAGGAGCAAUGGUGAACAACUUCCAAUGCUUAGUUAUAAUUGAUAUCUAGUUGUCAUAUGUAUCUCAUAUGUAUGUGCCUCUUCAUAUUUUUAACUCUACAUCUUGCUCUUGCUCUAACA